GUUCCAUCCGAUCCCUUCGAGAACUGCUUUUUUGGUUUUUAUUAUUAUUAUUAUUAUUAAGAGAUUGGGUGAUUGAACGUUGUUCUCAUCGCUUGGUGAUUAAAUUUACCGUACGGUAGUAAUUUACCUUCUAUCGACCCCGAAACAAUGAUUCUGGAACCCCUCGUCAAUCUGCUCUAUGUCACCCUAUCCUACUUCCACCAAAUCACCUUAGUAACCCUCCCGGCCACAACAGGCCCAAACAAAGUCGGUGCAUACGACUUCCUCAUAACGGACACAACUAGAAAUGACAUCUUCGCCCCGACCCACGAGUCCCGGAGGAUCCUAAUGACGCUGUACUACCCUACCACCUCCACCUUCGCAGACUUCCCGCAUCCAGAGUACAUGGCGCCAGCAGUGGGCGCGUAUUACGAGUCCUCACAUGACCUGCCGAACGGGAUGAUCAAGAGCAUAACUACAAACAGCUACUACGGCUCGCCGCUCAGGUCGCGGAACGUGAAGCUCAUCCUCCUCUCCACGGGCCUCGGCAUGAGUCGGUAUGUCUACGCCACGCUCGCAGAGGACCUCGCCAGCCAUGGGUACAUGGUCGCUUCACUGGACGCUACGUACGAUUCACCCGUCGUGGAGUUUCCUGAUGGUAAGGUUGCUGUGGCCAAUCUCCCAGAGAAUAUUACCAUGGAGGAGGCUACCAAGUAUUACCACGAGAGGGUUAAGGAUGCAGUUUUCGCCGUCAAGUCAUUGAGCACGGCAUCGCUCACCAGCGUGAUUCCAGGCGUUGGGGCGGAGGGGUUGAAGGUCGAGGGAGUGGGCAUGUUUGGGCACUCGCUGGGGGGAGAAGCUACUGCUGGUGCGAUGGCUGCGGAGGACAGCAUUCUUGGAGGGGUGAAUCUCGACGGGACUUUGUCGGGUAGUGUCAUCACGAAUGGUCUCGGGAGGCCGUUCAUUCUCUUCGGCAGCGAACUACACAACCGCACCAGCGACGAGACAUGGAAGGGUUUCUGGGAUAGCCCCUCCAAGGGGUGGAAGAGGGAGUUGUCGCUCAGGGGUGCGGCACAUCUUACGUUCUCGGAUUACGCCCCGCUUAUCGAGGUGCUCGGGAUAAAGGCUAUGUUCCCAGAGGAAGACUUUGAGGGGUUUGUUGGCACGAUCGGGGGUCUGAGGGCUAUGGCGAUACAGAGGGUUUACCUCAGGGCGUUCUUCGACAAAGUCCUUGCAAACUGCAAGGGGAAGCUGUUUGAUGGGUCUGAUCCCAAUUACCCAGAGAUUUCUUUCAUCUAAGCGAUGGGUUUUCUGUUCGCCGUUAGCAGGAUCGCCCGGCAAGUUAUUGUGGAAGAGGAAUUGGAAAGGGAAAGCUGAAAUCACAUUUUAUCAUUCGAAUUAGUGAUUGAUUAAAAAGGAGCAAAGGAAGAUUAAUACCAAUUCGUGUGAUCGGUGGUUAAACACCACAGGGUGCUAUUCGUUGGGAGGCCUGAAACAGUUAGAUUUGCUGUCAUGUAUGCUGAACCUGUUCUAGGGUGAUUCGAGCUGUGUGAUCUUCUGAGGAUACUUGAGUUCAUCCCAGGCGCUGAGCCGCUUGAGUGCGGAAAAGUUUGAAGUCCCUGAUUUCCCAGCCAAGAGCAGCCAACCGCCGACAGAUUUGCCUUACCGGUAAUGGGCCUGACGAC